UAUAGAUAGUUCGAAACACAGCUUAAAAGCAGUUUUACUGCACAAUGGAAAUCAGCAUCCAUCAAUACCGGUUGCGUAUUCCACAAAAAAGGAUGAAACAUACGCAAAUAUUUCAAAUCUCUUAAAUAAAAUUGAAUACUAUAAAUAUAAAUGGGAAGUAUGCGCAGACUUCAAAAUGAUUGCAAUAUUGACUGGAAUGCAAACAGGAUACACAAAAUAUAUGUGCUUUCUUUGUAAAUGGGAUUCACGUGCUACCAGCAGCCAUUAUCAUAUUAAAUAUUUCGAAGAACGUAAAGAAAAUAUUAUUGGUGACUUAAAUGUAAUCCAUGAAUCUCUUGUCCCAAAAGAUAAGGUCAUACUUCCACCGCUGCAUAUUAAGUUGGGCGUGGUGAAAAAUUUUAUUAAAAGCUUAAAUACACAAGGAUAUGCUUUCAAACGCAUUCAAACAAUUUUCCCCAGAUUAUCUGCAGCAAAAUUAAAAGAAGGAAUGCUCGUUAGACCCGAUAUAAGAAAAUUAUUGCAAGAUGAAGAAUUUUAUGGUCAUCUGUCGGAUAUGCAAAAGACAGCAUUUGACUUUAUGCAGCUGGUUAUAUCAGAAUUCCUUGGAAACUCAAAAGCACAAAACUAUGCAGAAAAUAUUGAAAGCAUGCUAAUCGGUUUUAACAAUAUUAGCGUUAAGAUGUCACUAAAGCUGCAUUUUCUGCACUCUCAUCUCAAUUUUUUUAAAGAAAACCUUGGAGCGGUUUCAGGUGAACACGGUGAAAGGUUUCAUCAGGAUAUAAAGGUAUUGGAAGAAAGAUUCAAAGGGAAAUCCCAAAGUGUAAUGCUUGCUGAAUACGUAUGGGGCUUGUACAGAAACCUUGACACAUCGGAACAUUCACGUCAAGCUAAAUACAGGAAAGCAUAUUAAGUUUAAUCUUUAAUCCAUUGUCCUACUACUGCUGAAGCAAAAAAAUAAAUAUGUACAUACUAUAAUAAACCACUAUUAAAACAAAA